AUGGCAAGCGCGAAGCUACUGAUGGUGGCAUCAACAAUGGCAUAUGGAUAUGUAUUUUAUACGCUUGUUAUAAAGGUAAGUUAUAUUCCAAAUCCAACUGUCGCUGAAGAUAUAUUAAUCGCGCUAUCCUCUAUCAUCCUAUCCAGCAUUUUCUUGAUACAUGCUGUUUUAGGCUUUGAUGAGGAAAAGACAAAGCCUAUGCAGCAGGGAUCAUAG